AUGACGGAGAACAAGAGUCUCAUCUUAGCAAAACACCCAGCCGGCUUUCCAAUCCCAGGUGAAGACCUGAUCGUCAAGUCUUCCCCCUUCGACAUCAAUGCCCCGCCACCCGAUGGAGGAAUUCGCGGCCGAAUGAAGCCUGCCAACCCUGGAGCCUACGCAACCGGCUACACCCUCGGCAGCCCUAUUCAGAACGCUGGAAUCCACCGCGUAAUAUCCUCCUCAUCACCCCGCUUCAAACCCAACGAUUUGGUAAUCGGCCUCUCUGAUUUCUCACUAUACCAAACCAUCCCCAGCAGCCGCGCCGAGAAGCCGCAAUCCGCCGGCGGCUUCGACGUGCUCUCCAACCCCCUUGGUCUCGACGAGAAGCUUUUCCUCGGCGCGCUUGGAAUGAGCGGUCUCACAGCCUAUUCUUCUUUCUAUGAAAUUGGUAGGCCGAAGAAAGGGGAGACUAUUUUCAUUAGUGCGGCUAGUGGUGCGGUUGGUCAGAUUGUGGGACAGCUGGCGAAAAGAGAGGGGUUGAAGGUGAUUGGGAGUGUGGGGAGUGAGCUGAAGAGGAAGUAUGUGGUCGAGGAUCUAGGGUUUGAUGGCGCGUUUAAUUACAAGGUUAAGAAGCCGACCGAGGGACUGAAGAGACUGCUCGAGGAGGUGGGAAGUAAGGGGGUGGAUAUCUAUUAUGACAAUGUGGGAGGUGAGCAGUUGGAUGCUGCAUUGGGGGUUUCGAAUGAGAGGGGAAGAGUUGUGUCUUGUGGGAGCGUUUCCCAGAGUAGUUUGAAGCCAGAAGAAACGUACGGCAUCAAGAACAUGCCGCUUGUUGUUGCCAAAAGAUUGGUUAUCAGGGGCUUCAUUGUGUAUGACGAGGAUAUGGGACCGAAGUACGCGGAAGAGCACCAGAGAAAUUUGCAGAAGUGGAUUAAGGAUGGAGAAAUCACUAUCAAGAUGCAUGUCACCGAAGGUAUUGAGAAUUCUGCCGAGGGCCUUGUGGGAAUGCUGAAGGGAGAGAAUUUUGGGAAGGCUGUGUUGAAAGUUUCUGAUCUCUGA